AUGUCCGCGGAUCCUCUCAGUGAGCCCAAUUGGCUGGCGCCAUAUUUGCGGGAUUGGCGCCACGACCAUCCUCUCCGAGCCACCGAGCCCAUUGUGUCUGGGUAUGCAAGUGAGAAACCGAAGAAGAGCGCACAACGUCCGUGGCACUACUACACUGUGAAGCAGCCGGCAGGCGGUGUUCAAGCGUGGCUGCUCGUUCCUUUCCUCGUGAGGGCCCCAGCCUCUGGCGGGACACCCCCUCCGAAGGGAGCAGAAUCCCAGGCGGGCUUGGAGACCAGAGUCAAGGAUGGCGUUUUGAUGGAGCACUACACAAACAUCCAUCGGAUCGCGGCCCUCUUGGAGAGCCACCCGCUCGUAUCCACCGUCACGCAGCACAAGGUGGACAAGUCCCUGCACCCUCGGCGCUUAGACGAAGAUGGCCGGGCGUCCAGGUACCACCAGUCCCCCUGGGAUUUGGCAGUGACGCUCGCAGCCUCUGGCGCGAAGUUCACUUGUGGGUGGAGCACCAACACGAUCAAAGAUCCGCUCGCGGCGAUGUGGUGGCUCCUUGCGGGGGGUUCCGCAACGGAGGAGAACCUCGUCCAGGCGGAGGCGAUAUUUUGGGAUGUCGCCGAAGCCGGCCCGAUCUGGCCGCCCGGCUUUUCCGCUCCCACGGAGCCCUGCCAUGUCGCCGCCCGCCCGGCCAUGUUGCCGCCGAGCGCUUCCGCGAGCGCCUCCGGAAGCGGCAGCGUGGCGCCCGUUGCUUCCCCGGCGGCCGCGUCGUUGUCCCAGCCUCCGGCGGGAGACGCAGCGCGCGCAUCCGCGCUGGCGCCGCAGGCAGCUUUGGCGAGCACGUCUGUUCCGCCGCCCCUGCCGUACGCCACCGAGCCCGCGCCGGCGCGCACGUCGGCCUCUGCUCCACCGCCUCAGCCUCUGGCGGCGAGGCCCCUGCAGCUGCCUUUGGCGGAAGCGCCCGCGGCCGCGGUGGGGGCGCCCGCCGACGCGACCGGAGCGGCCUCCGCGUCGUUGCCCCAGCCUCUGGCGGGAGACGCAGCGCGCGCCUCCGCGUUGGCGCCGCAGGCAGCUCCGGCGAGCACGUCUGUUCCGCCGCCCCUGGCGCGCGCCACCGAGCCCGCGCCGGCGCGCACGUCAGCCUCUGCUCCACCGCCUCAGCCUCUGGCGGCGACGCCCCUGCAGGUGCCUUUGGCGGGGGCGCCCGCGGCAGCGCUCGGGGCGCCCGCCGACGCGACCGGAGUGGCCUCCGCGUUGCUGCCUGCGCCGAGCGGUGGCGCCGAGCGCCAAGACAACCUCGCGGACGACCAGGUGGGAGCGGAGGAAACGGCUGAAGUGCAGGGCAUCGAUUAUACCGAAGAUAAGGAUGACAGCUUGUCGUCUGGAGGGGAGGAGCAGGACGUCAACGCCGAGCCCGCGCCGGAGCAGGCCCCCCCGGCUGAACCGCAGCACAGGGUGCGUCGCCGCUCGAGGUCCCGACCAGGGCCUCAACGUACACGCGACCCAGCCUCUGGCGGGGCGGACGGCGAGGUCGACCUCACCGUGCACGUGUCCGCCAAGAAACUGGAGCGCCUGUCGGAGGACCAGAAGGAGCGGCUGCGCCAGAUCGUGCGCACCAGUGAGCGGCAGGUGCACUUCGGCGAGUACUGGCAGGGAAGGGUCAGCCUGCGUGAGCGCAUGCCUCGAGAGGCUCCGCAACUGGCGAGAGCUCGCGACGAGCGUCGGGCGCUUCUCCUCGGUGAGUUGCUGGAGUACGCGGACCCGAUCCCGGACGCUCCGGAGUUCAUCGCUGGAAUCCCUUCCAAGAACACCAUGCGCUUCGGCGCCAACGAGGAUGUCGUCAAGGCCAUAGCCAGCAGGAAGAUGCACUACAUGCGUUUGCUGACAAACAAGAUGGACGAGGAUGAAUGGCUCACCUUCGUCGAGGAGUGGCCGGACUUGUCCCCAGCCUCUGGCGGGUGGUGGGUGCUCCAGCGCGACGCCUGGGAGCAGCUCAAGCAGGAAUGGCGGGGGGGGCGGCACCGUUGGAGAGAAUCCGUCGCCACGACUGAGGACUUUCGCCUGCACGAUACGCGCGACUACGUGAAGCACAUUCUGGCACUGCACGAUGGCGAGGCCAGGCUUGUGCGGGCGGGGUGGGAGCCAUUCCCAGCCUCUGGCGGGGGCAUCCUUCAACCUUGCUACUGGCGCUACCAAUUUUCGCGCGGCUGGGACACGUACUCGUGGCUAUCCACCCACAAAGGAAACUUGACCAUCCAAGACCUGGACUGGAUCAUGAUGAAGGACGGCGGCGAGACUGGCUUGAUGAGGAGCGACCCAGCCUUCGGGAACUGGCAGAUCCGCAGUGGCCAAUUCAUCACGCUGGCCGAACUCUUCUGGUUCGGGAAACACUUGUGCUCAUGCUACGACAUCUACCGCGCUUACCUGAGCCUGCCUGCGUGGAUCCAGAAGCGCAAGCAUUCGACCUCGCAGUCCGCGGCGGGAGUCCUCAGGCGCAACGCGAAGGCGUUGCGCCACCAGGAGGAGGGCAAGUACGGCUUGCCCUCGAACCCGGGGAAACGCGGGCGGCGGUGA